AGCUACAAGUAGUUCUUUACUCAGUUACCUACCCAUAAUCAUAAUCAAAAUGCAACUUUCAUGGAAGGACAUACCUACUGUUCCAACUGCCAACGAUAUGUUGGACAUUGUCUUGAACAGAACCCAAAGAAAGACUCCAACUGUCAUUAGACCUGGGUUUAAGAUCACUCGUAUUCGUGCUUUCUAUAUGAGAAAAGUUAAGUUUACCGCUGAAGGAUUCACCGAAAAGUUUAACGAUAUCAUAAGUGGAUUCCCUAAUAUCAACGAUGUUCAUCCUUUCCAUCGUGAUUUAAUGGAUACUUUGUAUGAAAAGAAUCAUUAUAAGGUUUCCUUAGCAGCUGUUUCCAGAGCCAAGACCUUGAUUGAACAAGUUUCUAGAGAUUACGUUAGAUUAUUGAAGUUCGGUCAAUCUUUGUAUCAAUGUAAACAAUUAAAGCGUGCAGCCUUGGGUAGAAUGGCCACCAUCACCAAGAAAUUGAAGGAUGCUUUCAUUUAUUUGGAACAAGUUAGACAACAUUUGGGUCGUUUACCAAGUAUUGAUCCAAAUACCAGAACUUUAGUUAUCUGUGGUUACCCUAAUGUUGGUAAGUCUUCUUUCUUGAGAUGCAUCACCAAGGCUGAUGUCGAGGUUCAGCCAUAUGCUUUCACCACUAAAUCUUUAUAUGUUGGUCACUUUGAUUACAAAUACUUGAGAUUCCAAGCUAUUGAUACCCCAGGUAUCUUGGAUAGACCAACUGAAGAAAUGAACAAUAUUGAAAUGCAAUCUAUUUACGCUAUUGCUCAUUUAAGAUCUUGUGUUUUGUACUUUAUGGAUCUUUCCGAACAGUGUGGUUUCUCAAUUGAAGCCCAAGUUAAGUUAUUCCAUUCCAUCAAACCUUUAUUCGCUAAUAAGUCCGUUAUGGUUGUCAUGAAUAAGUCCGAUAUUAUCAAGGUUGAAGACUUGGAUGCUGAAAGACAAGAAUUAUUGAAGUCCAUCAGCACUGUCCCUGGUGUUGAAAUCAUGGAUGCUUCUUGUCACGAAGAAGAAAAUGUCAUGAAGGUUCGUAAUCACGCUUGUGAAAAAUUGUUGACUGCCAGAAUUGAACAGAAAUUGAAGGGUACUGCUCGUGUUAACAACGUUUUGAACAAGAUUCACGUUGCUAAGCCACAAGCUCGUGAUGAUGUUGAUAGAGCUCCAUACAUUCCUGAUGCCGUUAAGGAAUUGGGUAAAUAUGAUGUCAAUGAUCCAAACAGAAGAAAAUUGGCUAGAGAUAUUGAAGCUGAAAACGGUGGUGCUGGUGUUUUCAACAUUAACUUGAAGGACAAGUACUUGUUGGAAGAUGAAGACUGGAAGAAUGAUGUCAUGCCUGAAUUCUUGGAUGGUAAGAAUGUUUACGAUUUCUUGGACCCAGAUAUCGCUGCUAAAUUGCAAGCAUUGGAAGAUGAAGAAGAAAGAUUGGAACAAGAAGGUUUCUAUGAUUCUGAUUCUGAUAUCGAAGAUGAAGAAACUGAAGAAAUCAGAGAAAAGGCUGAUUGGAUUAGAAAUAAACAAAAGACUAUGAUUAUCGAAGCAAGAAAUAGAAAGUCCUUGAAGAAUAAAGCCAUUAUGCCAAGAGAUCAAGUUAAGAAAUCAUUUGGUGAAAUGGAAGAACAUAUGUACAAUAUUGGUCAUGAUACUGAUAAGUUGAGAGAAAAGGUCGGUAAGGGUAAGAAGAAUGAAGGUAAAGCAUUAUCUGGUGUUGAUAUCUUGAAGAAGAACCAAGGUAUACAAGCCUCUAGAUUGGCCAAGAAGAAGAUGGCUGCUCAUCAAAGCGAUCGUCUUAAUGACGGUUUGGCUGAUGGUGCAUUGAGAUCUCAAGCUGAAAGAUUGGCCAAGAUCCAAAGAAGAGAACGUAAUAGAAUGGCCAGACAAGGUGAAGGUGAUCGUCAUUCUACUGCUAUGUUACCUAAGCAUUUGUUCAGUGGUAAGAGAGGUAUUGGAUCUACUGAUCGUCGUUAGAAGUGGUGUCCUUUUUUAUUAUUGUACAUUAUUUGUUUGUUUUUAAUAGUUAGAUAUUUCAUAGGUAGAGAUAAUGUCUGAUAAAAUUUGAAAUUUUAAAAUCUGUCGAAUAGUAGUGUGAC